AUUUUGAGGGGCUCUUUUUGUCAGCUGUUGUCUUGAGUCCUGUUAGACCCUCCUCAAUCCACUGUUUCACUCUGCCGAAACUGUGGACUGGCUGUCUUAUUGUCUUCUUUUCCAUUUGAACUGAACAGUCACAUGUGCGACGAUGGAAGGCAGUGACCAGACCUCUGAAAACUCCGUUGAACAAGUAAAUGGGACCGAGGAGCAGUCAACGGAUCCCAUGGAGGUCUUCAGCAGGCAGCUUGAAGAUAUAAUCAACACAUAUGGCUCAGCAUCCAGCUUGAUGCAGGAGCAGAUCUCCAUCUUGGAGACAAAUGAGGAGGAGGAGGCAAAAGCUGAUGAAGAGGCUGCUCCCAAAGAAGCUGAAGCCAGCCCAGAGAAGAAGCAGAAAGCUGAUAAAAAACUCCUCAAGGGCCUAGGUAAAGAGGCCACUUCCUUAUUGCAAAGUCUGAACAAGCUCAGCUCACCAGAAGAGAAAGUGGAAAUGGUGUUAAAGAAAUACACAGAGCUGGUGGAGGAACACAGAUCUGAGAAGAAACAGCUGGAGCAGCUUCAGCAGAGACAGGGUCUUUUGGCCAAGCAGAGAGAUCAGCUCCAGUUUGAGAACAGCCGUGCUAUCCUGGCCCGCAGCAAGCUGGAGUUUCUCUGCAGGGAGCUCCAUAAACAUUACAAGACAAUAAAGGAGGAGAGUCUGCAAAGGCUGCGGGAGGAUGACAUGAAACGGAAUGAGAUCACCACUCAUUUCCAGAGCACGCUGGUGGACAUUCAUGCUCAGAUCGAGCAGCACAGCAACCGCAACAACAAGCUGUGCCAGGAGAACAGCGAGCUGGCCAGCAAACUCAAGAACAUCAUAGAUCAGUACGAGCGCAGAGAGCAGACCUUAGAGAAGAUUUUCAAGCACAGAGAUCUACAGCAGAAAGUGUCUGAUGCCAAACUGGAAGAAGCCAAGAUGCUGCUUAAGGAAACAGAAGAGAAGCACAAGAGAGAGAAGGAAUUUUUGCUUAAAGAUGCAAUUGAAAAAACAAAGAAAUGCUACGCAAUGACGGAGCAGGAGUUACAGAUGAAGAAGCAGCUUGAGUUGUACUCCGAGAAGUUUGACGAAUUCCAGGGUACACUGGCAAAAAGCAAUGAGAUUUAUGUCAAUUUCAAACAGCAGAUGGAAAAGAUGACAAAGAAGAUGAACAAGCUGGAAAAGGAGUCAAAUACAUGGAAGACACGGUUUGAAAGCUGCAACAAAGCUCUUGUUGAAAUGAUAGAAGAGAGAUCUGAAAAGGCAAAAGAGUUUGAGCUCUUCACUUUGAAGAUCGACCGUCUGGAGACAUUAUGCCGAGCCUUGCAGGAUGAGAGAAAAGUUCUGUACAGCAAGAUUAAAGAAAUACGUUUUCCGGAUAAGGUAGCCCUAGAACCUGCCAUGGACAUUCCUCAAGUAGAUGAGCUUCCAGAGCUUGUCAAACCUUCUACACCAGCUACAAACCCAGUCCUGACCACUGAGAUGGAGAGGUUAAGGGAGGAGCAGACCCGCCUACAGGAGUUUGCAGCCUCCUUGGUCACUCCCAUUACAGAUGACAUUGGGGAAUCGGACAGUGAGGAAGAGGAGGUAUCCGAGUCUGGACAAGAGAUUCCAGCAAUUCCUGAGGUCCCCCAACCUGAGCCCACCAAACAAGCAGAUAAACUGAAAUUCAUGCAAGAGGAACCCUAUACCACAGAUGAUAACAAACCACAUGUUGUAGAAGUAAAUGAAGACAAGCCAUUGCCCACAAAUCUUGAACAGGCCAAACCUGAGACAGAAUCCAAAGAGCCUCUACAACCAGAGAUCAUAGAACAAGAGACAGGAAAACAAGAGUCAGCCAAAGAGGAUCCAAGCCAGGAAGAAGUGAGACAAGUAAAAGCAGUCAAUGAAGGGACAACUGAACAAGAAUCCACUAAGCUAGAGCCUGUUAUAAAAGAAGAGGCAAUACCAGAAGUGGACAAAGCUGAAGCUGUUAAAUCUGAGCUACCUGAAGCAGACUCACCUAAACAAGAGUCCCUCAAAGAGGACGAUGUUCAAAAAGAGGAAGCUGCCAGGUCACAGACAGCAAAACCUAAAGCCCGAAAAUCUCAAGAGGCCAAACCAAAGACCAGCAAACCCCAGACUAAAAAACAAGGUCCAAACAAGAAAGGUUCUGCUAAGGGUGUGAAGAAAACCUAAGCCAAAUAAUGCAAGGUGCACCAUGUAGACUUUUCUAUAUUUUCUAGAUCAGUUUGUUUUAAUCUAGUAUGAUGAGUGUUUUGCUGUUAACGAAUUACAUAUAGAAGAUGAAAGACUGGUCAUAUGCCUCUUUCCUUUAAGUAAGUUAACUUUAAGAAUGGCCACUUGGCUAUCUUUGCAUAGCUUUCUGAAUGUAGUAUGGACUUUUUCAACUUCCGCUACUUUUCACUGAUAUCAAAUAAAGUUUAACUGUUGACAAUCCUACAGUGUACAUUUCCACAAAAUUAAAGACAAGUCAUAUGACUUGUGUAAAAAAACAUAUUACAGAAAACAAUUUCUGUAGAAAAUGUUAGGGCUUUGAUGGUAGGGUGUUCUGGUAAGUUGCCAAGGCAUUGCGAUGCAGUUGUUCAGGUGAUCUGAGUGUUUAUUAUCGCAUUGUUGUUCCGGGUGGUUACUAGUGCAUAGGUUUU